AGUUUCACUUCCUCACCGUUUGGAGACUCACAGCCACAGCAGGCUCCCAGUUCACCCGAGGAGAAGAGUCUAAGGAGCAGCUGAGCCCCUCUCUCCUCUUCCCCACAGCACCUGGCAGGGGCUUCACAGGCGGACGGAAGGGCACGAAUGGGCAGAGCAGAACUUCCAGAAGGGAAAAUGAGUACCCAGGAUCCCUUGGAUCUGUGGAGCAGAUCAGAUGGAGACGCUGAGCUGCUUCAGGACUUGGGGUGGUAUCAUGGCAACCUCUCACGUCAUGCAGCUGAGGCUCUUCUUCUCUCCAAUGGAUGGGAUGGUAGCUACCUUCUGAGAGACAGCAAUGAGCAGACUGGACUGUACUCUCUCUCCGUGAGAGCCAAAGACUCUGUCAAACACUUUCAUGUUGAAUAUACUGGAUAUUCAUUUAAAUUCGGCUUUAAUGAAUACUCAUCUUUAAAGGACUUUGUCAAGCAUUUCGCAAAUCAGCCUUUGAUUGGAAGUGAGACAGGCACUCUGAUCGUUCUGAAACAUCCCUAUCCAAGAGUAGUGGAAGAACCUUCCAUUUAUGAAUCUGUCAGGGUUCACACAGCAAUGCAGACAGGAAGAACAGAAAGUGACCUCGUGCCCACUGCACCUUCCUUGGGUACCAAAGAAGGCUACCUCACCAAACAGGGGGGCCUCGUCAAGACCUGGAAAACAAGAUGGUUCACUUUGCACAGAAAUGAACUGAAAUACUUCAAAGACCAGAUGUCUCCAGAGCCAAUUCGGAUCCUAGACCUAAGGGAAUGUUCAGCUGUUCAAUUUGAUUAUUCACAGGAAAGGGUAAACUGUUUUUGCUUAGUAUUUCCAUUCAGGACAUUUUAUCUCUGUGCAAAGACAGGAGUAGAAGCGGAUGAAUGGAUCAAAAUAUUACGGUGGAAAUUGUCACAAAUCAGAAAACAGCUCAAUCGAGAGGAAAGCACAAUCCGAUCUCAGUCAUUCAUCUUUAAAUAGAUCUUUCUCACCAAAGAGUGGCCUUGGCCCUGAGCAAGGUGGAAUGCUCCCUGGUACUGUGAUACAUAGCAGGAUUCAGAUGAAAGCUGACCAAGGAUUUUUCUUCAAAAGCAAAUCAAAAGCAGAUACUGACCAGGACCCAUAUACCACGUUCACAGACUCUUGGGAAACUGCUGCCGUUCCAAGAUGUCGCCAUGUCCAGCACACUGAAGCAAUUGUUCUGAGAGAAAUCAAUGGACCCCCACCUCCAGGUCUGCUCACUCUCAGAACACAUAAUGCAAGAUGAAGGGAUUUUUGUCUUUACUCCAAGUAGCCCCCAUGCUUGCUGACAUGAGUUGUCGAGUUCCACUCUGGGUCAAGGUCAGCUCACUGACCUUGAAGUUGUGCUAUUAUGCAGGAAGUAAACAGUCGUAUGUUUGGAAAGCUUAGACAGCUUCUUUAUAAAGUAUAUGGAGAUAGCAGACAUCAAGGAUUUUUUGAAGGAGAGGUUGUUUUUUGCUUUUUUGUUCUUUAUACAAAAGUCAAAAACUGUUUCCAAAACUAAAAUGGAACCUGCUUAUUGUUUUUAUUUUCUCUUUUAAAAGCCUUAGAAAUCUAGUGUGUCUUUCACAUCUAAUGAUAAAACUAUGAGAACUAAAUGUCCUAUGGGCAAUUAUGUGGGACAAUAAAGGUACAUGAAGAUACAAUUUAAAAACAUCACUUGACCAUUUUGGGGGAAAUGUUUUGAAGCGUGAAAACACAUAAAUUGAGGAAGGGUAACAAAGUGGUAGAUAACUUGUAGUUCAUAAUAAUUAUUAUUUUAUUUAUAAUAAUAAUAGAGGACAUGUAAGCAGUGGGUUAUCUUUAUCUGACAUUUCUCCAAAUGAUCUGGAAGAGAUUUCUCAAAGUGUGUUAUAACAGUCCCUUUCCUAUAAUGAGCUAUAUAGGGUUAACUUCUAAGCCCCCUGGGCCUUACUAAAGAGCAACUUCUAUUGCCAAUUGAGGGAGUAACACUAAAUCUACAUGAAAUAUAUAAUAAUGUGUUACACAGCUGUUGCAAAGCAGAGUAAGAAGACUGAAGUGAGAAUGAAAUGCUGGUGUCCAGAGUUCAUAAGCAGAUUCUAACUCUUUCUAAUAUCUUUAUCGAUCCUGCUUUUUGAGGCAGAAGUUUAUGGUGCAAAGGUAUGAUAUAACACUGCUCUUGCAGUCCCAAGGGAUACCUUGUUAACCAAGUUCCCUCUAUUAUUUAAGCAUUUAAGACUUGGAAAUUACAGUACAUAUUGUAUGUUUCAACAAGGUUUUUAAUGUAUUUCAUAUGUUUGUAUUAUAUGGGAUAAAAUAGAUGUCAAGUUAAAAUGUAUUAUGUCAAGUUUGCAAAGUAAUAUCAAAUAACUCUCAUAUACAUCUAUAGAUGUAUACUAUACAUCUCCUGUAUGAUUUCAUGUAUGGUUUUCUUAAAAACAAAGGUGUUGCUUUGUGUAGGUAAUAUUGAUUUUGCUUUUUGUAAAACAUACCAUGUUUAUUUAUAUUCUUUGUUUCUGUUUAAUAAAUAAAAAGCACAAUUUUGCUGUUCA